AUGGCGAGUACCGAUAUUCUGCUCGCCGGCGCAAUCGCCGCCUUCACCGUCGACCUCCUGGUCUACCCCCUCGACACCCUCAAAACACGCCUCCAAAACGCCAGCCCCGCCACCGCCACCGCGCGCAAAACCUUCUGGCGAAACCCGCACCUCUACAAGGGCCUCUACCAGGGCGUCGGCAGCGUCGUGAUCGCGACCGCCCCCGCCGCCGGCCUCUUCUUCACCACCUACGAGUUCCUCCUCUCGCACACGCACUCGGCCGUGCUCUCCUCGUCGCUCGCAGAGGCCUGCUCCUGCGCCAUCAUCACGCCCGCCGAGGUCAUCAAGCAGAACGCGCAGGUCAUCUCGUCCCAAGGCGGAGGCGGCGGCGGCGGCGGCGGCGGCGGCGUGUCGUCGUCGCUGCAGGCGCUCCGCCAAAUCCCGAGGGUGCGCUAUCUGUGGCGCGGGUACACGACGCUCGUGGGGCGGAACUUGCCGUUCACGGCGAUGCAGUUCCCGGUGUUUGAGGCGCUGAAGCGGCGGUUUGUGGCGGCGGAGGCGACGCCGCUGCAGAUGGGGGUGGGCGCCGCGGUGUGUGCGGGGUCGGCGGGGUGUGUGGCGGCGGUGAUCACGACGCCGGUGGAUGUGGUGAAGACGAGGGUUAUGUUGUCGGCUGCGGCGAGGGGCGGGGAGAGGAGGGGGGUGGGGGAGGUUGUGGGGGAGGUGUGGAGGGGGGAGGGGUGGAGGGGGUUCAUGAGGGGGGGCGCGCUGAGGGGCGGGUGGACGGCGUUUGGGAGUGGGCUGUACUUGGGCAGUUAUGAGGCUGCGAAGGUGUGGUUGAGGAAGGGGAGGGAGGAGGAGGAGAGGCAGGUGGUCGCCAUUUAG